AGCAGCUUAGUUCUCUGGUCAGGCCAGUGACACAGACUCACCAGAAACGUGUAGACAUUUCUGGGGAGAGCAGUGGCUGGCUGAUUCAUCUCCGGAUGGUCCGCAGCUGUGUUUCCGUAGGACCAAAGGAUCAGGCUUAUUAGAGCAGAAUGCUGUCUGAAGGCUAUCUCAGUGGACUUGCCUACCAGAAUGAUACCCACUGGAGUUGUGCAUCGUGUAAUGAGCGGGUGGCUGGGGAAAAGGAUGAUGAGGAGAAAUCAGCUACUGCUCUUUCCUCUUCCUCGGUGGAUGAGACACAGGUUGGAAGUCUCUAUGUGAGCUACAAAUCCUCAGGCAAAUUUAUUUCUUCGGUACAUUCAAGAGAAAGCCAACACAGCCAAAGUUCACGGCUGGCAGUGCUGCAGAUGAACCCAAAUCCUGUGUUUGAAAGCCCAAACUUGGUUGCCAUUGAAACUUGUAGAGACCCCAGUCGAGAAACUUACUUGGUCCCGUCUUCCUGCAAAAGUAUUUGCAAGAAUUACAAUGACUUGCAUAUUGCAGGGGGGCACGUGAUGGCCAUUAACUCAGUGGUGACAGAUUUCCCUUCUGAGACCAGCUUUGAAUAUGGCCCUUUGUUGAAGUCCUCUGAGAUCCCUCUGUCCAUGGAGGAUUCCAUCUCCACUCAGCCUAGUGGCUUUCCCCCCAAGCCCAUCCAACAGUAUCCAUCCUACUGGAGAAUAACCAGCAUCAAAGAGAAGAGCAGCCUACAAAUGCACAAGCCGAUUUCUAAUGCGAUGCUGAACGAGUACCUGGAGCAGAAGGUGGUGGAGCUGUACAAGCAGUACAUCAUGGACGCUGUGUUUCACGACAAUUCCCCUACUCAGAUCCUGGCGUCGGAGCUCAUCAUGACAAGUGUGGACCAGAUUAGUCUCCAGGUGUCUAGAGAGAAGAACCUGGAGACCUCCAAAGCUAAGGACAUAGUCAUUAACCGCCUCCUGCAGUUGGUGUCAACUGAAAUCAGCACUCCCAGCCUCCACAUCUCUCAGUAUAGCAACGUGAACCCAUAGAGGGUGAGCUUCUGUUCCUCUUUCUCAACCGUGCCUGCCCAAAGGUCUGCUUUAUCCAUUUGUUCUGGGAAGAUGCAAGAGGGAGAUGGAAAGGGAGCCACGGGUUUGAGAAGCAAAGGCUGGCUGGAAGUCUGGUGGGAAUGAGAAGGCAAUCUCAAUGAAGCAGGCCUAUGGGAAGAGGAGCCUUAAAGAACGGUUCACAGAGAGGGCUGGAAGGCAAUAGAGGCAAACCCAGAAGGAUCCAAAAGAGAAGGUGCGUUUCAUUGCAGGAAGGACAGAAAUGGAGAGAGAUAAGCCAAAGAAGAAGACACAGUGGCAAAGCGGAAAAAAAAAUCACCAGGUUUGAGGGUAGAGUCAAGGAUAUGUUUGUUCUCUAGUUAAAUUCCUUUAAGUCAUUUCUUCUUGAGGGAAGUGGAAUAUAAGGCUGAGAUGUUUGGCUAGAAAGGCAGGUUCACACACUUUUCUAAAUAUUUGUUUAUAUCUCUUUCUCUGUUUUGUAUUCAUAGACCAUUUAAAAAUAAGUUUUCUAAACAUUAAAAUUGUAACAAAAUACAGUUAUGUUUUUGGUUUUUUUUUAGUUUUGAAUGAUUGCUCAGCUACAGCUAUCAUCACAAAACAGCCACUUGAAUAUCUCAUUCUGUUUACUAGUGUACUAGUGGACAUGAAAUUUUCUAAAGGGAACAUAUCAUAUUGUAAACAUGAAACUGUUUAAUUUGAUGUUACUGCAUGUGAUUUUCUUGGUGGUUAAUAUUAAGCUUCAAAAGAAAUUAUGAAUCAGUUUCCACCUCCCUCAUUUUCUCUCAGUCUUCCAUAUUCUCUCAACUCUUCUGUAUCCUCAAAACAAGGCCAAAACUCUAUUAAUGCAUUCACUGGAAUGGCAGCUUCAUGAGCCCCUCACAGCUCUGCUUAGCCUCCCCCUCACCCCACACUUAUGUAAUUAGGGGUUGGCCAGCAAUAGCCCCUGAGCCAAACCUUGCCUGCCACUGUUGGAGAAUGGGCCCACUGUCCUAGAAAGUCCAGGCCAUUGUUUCCAUGAGAUCCGAGUGGGAUGACCCCCCCCCCAACUCUCUCUUCAGGUCGAGAGAAGGGCUGGUUCCUCUAGUCUCAGUCUCUGGAAUUUAUGACUUUAUGAUGGCUGAACCCUUGGACAUGGGCACCUUUCUACACAUGCCACCUCCCCCCUUUCCUUCUUUAAUGAAAAGCCAUGGAUUACUGUGUUAACUUUAAAACUCCAGGACAUUGCUCAGCUUUUCCCCUCUCUCUCACUGCUCUAAAGUGCCUGCAAUUUACCUUCAGAAAAAUGUACAUUGUAAAGCUUAUGAUCAAACAGUCUCUCGGUAAAAAUUUAACUAU